GCUGCUACAGCCAGGGCCAUCCCACCAAGAGAUUUUCCCAGCGAGGCCAAACCAUCUGGAAAACCUGGGCUCAAGCGGCCUAGUGGCGGUGGAGGGUAGACCGGUGAAGAUCCGAUGGCAGCAUUCCAUGGACUGGAAACAACAUUUCCCUAAGAUUCUCCUAGGGGUAGUUCUUGGGUCUUCACUCUAGUGCCCCUGAAGAGGCUGGGGCCUAGGAGACCACAGAGCCCCAGAAUCAUUCGAUUCCCCUCUAGUAUCUCCCUCUGUGCUGGUCAUGAAGCCUAGUUAGCAUGCUCGGACACAGGCCUGGGCUCUGCCUCCCAUGGCCUGCUGACCCCCUCUCCCUUCCUCUCUGCACCCAAGUCUCUCUCCCCACAAAAGACGAUGAUGACAAGAUUGUCGGGGGCUACACCUGCAAGGAGAAUUCUGUGCCCUACCAGGCGUCCCUGAACUCUGGCUACCACUUCUGUGGCGGGUCCCUCAUCAACGACCAGUGGGUGGUAUCCGCAGCCCACUGCUACAAGUACCGCAUCCAAGUGAGGCUGGGUGAGUACAACAUCGACGUCCUCGAGGGGAAUGAGCAGUUCAUUAGCACAGCCAAGACCAUCCGCCACCCUCAGUAUGACAGCAAGACCCUGGACAAUGACAUCUUGCUGAUCAAGCUGUCCUCAAGUGCAGUCAUCAACUCGCAGGUGUCGCCAGUGGCCCUGCCCUCAGGCUGUGCUUCUGCUGGCACCUGGUGCCUCAUCUCUGGCUGGGGCAACACCCUCAGCUCUGGGGUGAACUACCCUGAGCUGCUGCAGUGCCUGGAUGCCCCACUGCUGAGCCAGGCCGAUUGCGAGGCCUCCUACCCCGGGGAGAUCACUGAGAACAUGGUCUGCGCCGGCUUUCUGGAGGGAGGCAAGGACUCCUGCCAGGGUGACUCCGGCGGCCCCGUGGUCUGCAAUGGAGAGCUGCAGGGCAUCGUGUCCUGGGGCUAUGGCUGUGCCCAGGAGAACCUGCCUGGUGUCUACACCAAGGUCUGCAACUACGUGAACUGGAUCCAGGACACCAUUGCUGCCAACUGAGGUGCCUGCCCUGUCAUCACGGUGACAAUAAAGUGACCCUGCUCAGGCCUGUGUCUGUGUCUGCUUCCUCCCCCUCGCUCGGGAACUGUCCCACAUUGGGGGUCAGACAGGGCUCCCCCUCCUCCAGGCCCAGGGCCCCCAUACGUGUCUGUGGGGCCUGGCUUAACAGCACCGUAGGAGAUGGGGGUGGGUGGGCAGGACCGUUUCCACAGAAGAUAAGUGUGGCCUGACUGACUAAAGCCUCUCUGGCCUCGACUGCAUAAACAUGCAUCCUGUGAGGUGUUGGCAGGACUUCCCAGCCACCUGCGACCACACGGAACUCUUGUGCCCCAGCAAACACACCUGGGGGAGUGUGGGACCAACCACCCUGGCCUCUUCCAAUUCCCCGUCCAUUCCAACCAACCCGACUCAAAUCCUGCCUGUUGAGGGAUCCAAAAGAUGUGAAGUGCUUCAGGAGUAGUUUGCUAUGCCCCAGGCACAGUUUCAAACCCCUGACUUGUAUUAACACAUCUGUUCCCCAAAACCCUAUGGGAAUCGACCUGACAACAAUGGGAUGUUAUCACCCCACCCCUUGCCUGUCAGUUUGUUGUACUGUGGUGGCUUUCAGAUUGCUGGAAGCUAUGUCAUUGUUGUUUCAAACACCAGCAGGGUCAC